AUCAGAAACAGAUUUUCAAUGUCGUCCUGUUCGGUUGAGAAUCAAAACCCUAACCAUUCUUCACCGCUAAAUUGGUUGAAGAACAAGAAAGCUGCUCUUGAUCAUGUGGUUUUUUCAACCAUCCGCCGCCGUUCCUUGUAUAGAAAACCCCCCUCCACUCCUAAAUCACCACGACUGCCAGCAGAUCACCUCACUGGGCUUGUUUCUCCCACCUACCAACAAACCCACCACAAUGAACCCCUUCUUUCUGAUUCCCCCCAAAUACUUACGUCUCAUGAUUUUAUUUCACUCCUUUCCGAUGAGACGCUCCUCCAGAUCCUCUCCAGACUCCCACAGGAAUCGACUUCUCUGGUCUCCAAAUCAUGGUUGAAUCUCCAAGGCCGUUUGGUAAGGUCACUUAGGGUUUUCGAUUGGAGUUUUCUUACAUCUGGUCGUAUGUUUCUAAGAUUCCCUAACCUUAUAGAUGUUGAUUUACUCCAUGCAAGUCUGGUCUCUAGCAGUCGUACAAAAAUCUGGGGUCUUUCUUUCCCCCAUCUGUUUGGACCCUUUUCUGUUGAUUCUGAUAUCUUUUUAUCAGAAAACCACACUUUACUACCUGUUGAUCAAGUAGAUUUUGGGUUGAAAGCUUUGGCUAGUGUCUACCCAAAUCUGCAAAGACUCGUGGUCGUAAAUUGUAGUGAAAUUGGGCUAUUGGAUGUUGCCGAGGGCUGUCAAACACUGCAGGAAUUGGUUUUGCAUCGUUGCCAUGAUCAGGUUUUGCGCGGGAUUGCAGCCUUUAGAAAUCUGCAGAUACUCAAGUUGAUUGGGAGUGUUGAUGGCUUCUAUUGCUCUUUGGUUUCAGACAUAGGGUUAACCAUCUUGGCUCAAGGGUGUAAGAGGUUGGUGAAACUUGAGCUCAGAGGAUGUGAGGGAAGUUAUGAUGGCAUCCAAGCAAUCGGGCAGUGUUGCCAUAUGCUUGAGGAACUGACCUUCUGUGAUCAUAGGAUGGAUGAUGGGUGGUUGUCGGCUCUUUCGUACUGCAAGAAUUUGAAGAUUUUAAGGUUGGUUUCGUGUAAAAGAAUUGAUCAAAGUCCUGGACUUGAUGAGCACUUGGGUUGUUGCAGAAUGUUGGAAAUAUUACAUUUGGAGAGGUGCCAGUUGAAAGAGAAGCAAAGUCUGAGGGCGUUGUUUCUUGUAUCUCAAUCUGUGAGAGAAUUGGUUGUAAAAAAUUGUUGGGGACUGAAAGAUGGCAUGUUUCUGAAUGCCAAUCUGUGCAGGAGGCUAAAAAUGGUGUCACUAGAAGGAUGCUUAAGGUUAACAACAGAAGGUCUAGAAUCUGUACUUGUUUCUUUAAAGGAGUUGGAAAGCCUGAGGGUGAUAUCUUGUAAUAACAUUAAGGAAGAUGAAGUGAGUCCUGCGCUCUCGACCUUAUUUUCUGGUCUUAAAAACUUAAAAUGGACGCCUGAUAACACAUCUCUUCUGUCAACGAACCUCUCGGGAUCUGGAAUGGGGAAACGAGGGGGUAAGUUCUUCAAGAAGUUGCAAAUCUUGAACACUUGAAGAGCUCGAGACUUGUUUCUAAACUUAUGUUGUAGUAUCAAACAAUUGUAUUUGCGACUUAGUAAGAACAUCAAUGUGCCAUUCUUUUGGUUUCUAUUCAA